AUGAAAUGUGACUCCCCCACCAACCUUGAACUGCUGAUUGUCGGUGGUGGCAUUGGAGGCAUGACGGCGGCCAUUGAGUGUCACCGCAAAGGACACACGGUCCGCGUGUUGGAAAAAAGGGCAGACUUUAACACUUUCGGCGACCUCAUCGGCAUCACCCGCAGCGCGCAAAGAACAAUGAAGAAAUGGCCCGGCUUUCUUGAUCGGCUGAUGGCUAAUGCUAUGCCACCAAGGAUUACCUUCUUCAAAUUCGAUGGCACGGAGAUUGCUACGCUGAGUGACCAGGAUAGUAGUGAUGAGGGCAUUAUUAGUAUGCCUCUGUGGCGUUCCAUGCUCCACGGGGAGCUGCAUAAAUAUGCGGCUGAGUUGGGGAUACCUAUUGCGUUUAAUGCGAACGCGGUCGAGUAUUCUGAGACAAAGGAUCGCGGCUUUGUCGUGGCGGAUGGGAAGAAGUACUCUGCCGACCUGGUGAUAGCCGCUGAUGGAAUCGCGUCCAAAUCUGCGAAGUUGGUAGACGCAAACCCAGAAACCCCAACAAGCAGCGGCUUUUCGAUCUACAGAACCAGCUUCGCACUCGACCAUGCCCUGAAAGACCCUCUAGUAUCCGAACACUGGGGCGGCUCCGUCGAAGGUGUCCAAAUCUUUCUCGCCGACGACCUCCACAUCGUCACUGCGAAGAACUCCAAAACUAAUAGCAUCUCCUGGAUGCUGACCCACCGCGACAUCUCCCAAACCGCCACAGAAGCCUGGUCCGCCACCGCUCCGACCGACGGCGCCCUGUCUUUGGUCCGUCCCUCCGCUGGCUGGGCCCCCUACCUCGCUGCCCUAAUCAGCACCACCCCCGGGAACCGGUGCGUAGACUGGAAGCUCGUGUGGCGCGGUCCGCAAUCGAAAUGGAGCUCCCCUCACUCCCGUGUUCUGCAGCUUGGGGAUGCGUGUCAUCCGCUUAUCCCGACUUCGGGGAGUGGGGCCGUCAUGGCGAUGGAGGAUGCGUACUCGAUUGCGGCUUGUUUGAGGAUUGUGGCGGACAGAGAUAGGGGAGAGGGAGUAACGAGGAGUGGAAAGGGGGAGAUCCCGCUUGCAGUCAAAGUGCACGAGAAAUUGCGAUUCGAGCGGGUCUCGUUUGCGCAGCGAAUGGGGAUUGAGACUAGGGAGUUCUAUCAUCAUUCGAGCUGGGAGGAUGUUAUGCGGAACCCGGAGGCGUUGGGCGUUGUGGGCCCUUGGAUUGUGAGACACGACGCGGAGAAGUACGCUUUUGAGAACUUCGAACAAUGUGCGGAGCAUGUGAAGAAUGGUGCGCCGUUUGAGAAUACGAACACGCCCCCGGGAAAGAAGUAUGAGCCAUGGACGGUGAAGGGGUUGCAGGAGGAGGUGGAUCAGAAUAGUAGGAGGGCGGCUAGAAUAUAG